CUCGAUAUUCGACCCUUGGUGAAUCGGCCCCUUAAUGAAUCAGUUUAUACAACGCUCAUAUUUUUCCAAUAAUAUUGAGGCACAUUCUGGCUUUAUUUCUGUUGAACUUGGACUGAGUAAUUAGCUGUUUUAUAAACAGAGUGCUAGAACAGCCAAUACUGUAAUGAACCUGUUGGGGCUAUAGGUAGUAUGUUACCUUUGACUUAUCCAGCAGCCAACAUACCUAUGGAAUGCCGCAAGCCAUGCUUUUAGACAAAAUCUGAUUUUUAUUUGCUGAGCUGGUAGGGUUAUAACACUGGAAUGGGCAACUCAUUUGUUAUUGUAUUUGUGUUCCUACAUUAAAUACAUGAACAUUUUGUUCAAGGUUGUUAUUAAUAUUUGAUGCAAGGUUGCCUGUCGGGUACCUAUGUAAAAAAAAAUGUCCUUGAUUCUGACAUAGGUCCCAUGACUCACAUUUAAAUUCUAUAGGAAACACUGGGGCAUAUUUACCCAAGAAAGUGAAAAAUUGGAACAGUUUCUCCAAAAAAGAAGAUUCACCAAUUUUCUAAAAGGAGAAUACAGACUCCACAAUGGGAGGCCAGAAUUCUAAACCCUUACACAAAAAGCAACCCAGGGUUGUAAUGAUGGGACUUGACUUUUCUGGAAAAUCAACUAUUUUAUAUAAACUGAAAAUCAACCAACUAGUAGAGACUUUUCCUACUGUUGGCUUCAAUGUGGAACACAUAGAAAUGACUAAAAACAUGUCUGUGACAGUGUGGGAUGUUGGAGGCCAAGACAAACUCCGACCCAACUGGAAGGAAUAUUUAGAAGACACCGACGCUCUGAUAUUUGUUGUAGACAGUUCCGAUCCACACAGACUCCCAGAUGCUACAGCAGAACUACUGACUAUUCUGAACAAUGAGAAUAUGGCUGGCAUUCCGUUCCUAAUUUUAGCCAACAAGCACGAUAUUCCUGGCGCUCUCCCGGCGAAGGAACUGGAGCAUAUUUUGAAGUUGGAAAAUUAUGAUGAUAGACCUUGGGAAAUACAGAGCUGCAGCGCCUAUACUGGAGAGGGAUUGGCUGAAGCAAUGAAUGCUGUUGUAAGCCUCCUGAAAAGAGUCCAAAACCCAUAAAUGACUAUUUAUUUAAGAUAACUGGCUCAUAAAUAUAGGCUAAACAUCUGCCAGUCGUUUCCAGCGUUGUUUACAGAUACGUAUUUAUUUAAAUACAUACUAAUUUAAAACAUUUCAUUAGAUAAUAUUAUGGAUACUUGAAACAUGCAGCUAGGGUGCCAUGGACACAUUAGAGCACAUAAGCUCUCUCCACAAUCCACCCUGUUUUGCUCAUUUCUCUAUGUGUGACUCAGAUGUGCCUGAAGUAUUCAGGGGUGCCCCCUUUGUCAGACAUUAUAUUAGGCACAAGAUCAAACUACAUGUCUUGGUGUAAUAUUUAUUUAUUUUAUUUUUGUAACAUUUUUUAAAUUAAAAUGUUUCCCCUUAUUGAGGACUCUUCCCAUGGAUAUUCGUCUAAUUGUAACAUUUUUAGCAAGCAUGUUAUAUUUGCUGGACUUUGUGCAGAUUUAUGGGGGAAUGUAAUAUGUUUCAUUACAGCAAAAAAUGUUGGCAAAACAUUUAAGUGACCAUGUUUGCGUCCUUUUCAAACGAUUACAGACCUCAACAACUUCCUAGCAAAGUUUUCCAUCAGUUGACUUUUGUAAACAUUCACAAUGUAUGUAAUAAAAUGUCGCAAUCA